AUGGACGCCGUCCGGUCUCUCGUCCAGCCCAUCACGCACAACCUGCCGGCCCCCAUCCGGGACCUGGGCGUGUCGAUCGUGGGCGAAACCUGCUACAAGGCGCUGCUGCUCGACGUCGACGUCGAAAACACGGAAUGCAUCAAGCUGGCCAUCAGCAAGGGCCUGGGCAUCGGCAUCGUCGGUGCCUCGGCCGUCGUCAAGGUGCCCCAGAUCCUCAAGCUGCUGCAGUCCAAGUCCGCCGAGGGCGUGUCCUUUUUGUCGUACCUGCUGGAGACGAGCGCGUACCUCAUCUCGCUGGCCUACAACGUGCGCAACGGCUUCCCCUUUAGCACCUUUGGCGAGACCGCCUUCAUCAUGGGCCAGAACGUCGUCAUCGCCAUGCUCGUCCUCAACUACAGCGGCCGGCCCGCGACGGCCGCCCUGUUUGUCGCCGCGCUGGCUGUCAGUGCGGCGGCGCUGUUUGCGGACAACAUUGUGGAUAUGCAGGCCUUGAGCUAUCUGCAAGCUGGUGCUGGUGUCCUCGGCGUUGCCAGCAAGGUUCCUCAGAUCCUGGCCAUCUGGCAAGAGGGAGGCACCGGCCAGCUCAGCGCCUUUGCGGUCUUCAACUACUUGGCCGGCUCGCUGACUCGCAUCUUUACCACGCUCCAGGAGGUGGACGACAAGCUUAUACUGUACGGCUUCAUCUCUGGCUUUGCCCUCAACGCCAUCCUCGCUCUGCAGAUGGUGUACUACUGGAACGCUCCGUCGGCCAAGGCCAGGGGCAAGCAGAAGGAGGUGAUUCCCGUCGGAGCUCUGUCCGAGGGAAGUUCAUCGGCCGUUCCAAAGAAGGGCCCCACCACUCGGCGCCGUGGUUAG